UAUUUAAAGGUAUUUAAUUAGGCAAACUAAUCAAGUGGGGUUACAGUAUAAUUAGACUAGAGAAAUUAGAGAGAGCUCGCUCUUUGUCGAAACUCGAAACCCUCCCUCUCCACCAUUUCUUCUUCUCACUUUUCAUCACCGGAGAAGGACCGCAUAAUCUUAAUCUCCGGCGACAUCUCAGUGCAUCUGUAAAAUGCUUCAAGGACUGUUGUUUGCAACUCUUGCUUAAAUAUUAUAGUUGGUGCAAAAUGGGAGGUUGCUGUAGUUCUUCGAGGAAGUCGCAUCUUGUUGGAACACCUGUUUACUAUUAUUGUCCAGAAUCUUUUGAAGAGCUCGGGCCUUCAGGAGCCCGGGCUGGUGUGGGAUCAGCAUUCACCACAGGCCUCUUGGUUGAUAUAGGUUUGGAUUUCUCCAUACCUGACACCUUUUGUGCUCCUGCUCCUCUUCCAUAUGAUUUGCUUUUGGGACGACCACAAUGCACAGAUUCUGAGUCCAUCAAAGGAAGGAUGAGUGGAAGCAGUUUUGAAACGCUAGCGACAUGUGAAGAUCUUGGGGAACCAGACUGUAAAACUCAAGCCAGUUCAGUCAUUCUUUCACCGAGGCAAUCAGAUUUCUCUAAACAGAAAGGAUUGAAGAUAUUGGUAGAUGAAGAGGAGGACUGCUGUCCUAUUUGCUUUGAAGAUUAUGAUGUUGAGAAUCCAAGACUAACGACAAACUGUGAGCACGAUUUUCACCUCUCUUGUCUUCUGGGGUGGAUUGAAAGAAGCGAUAGAUGCCCAAUAUGUGAUAAGGAAGUUGUGUUUGAUGAUUGUUUGAACUAGCAUCAUCACUAUCCCCUGGCUUGAAAGUUUGAAGGUGUGGCGCUUUGUUUGGUUAGUCUACUACAUAAUUAGCAUAUAUCUAUUUUGUUUCUUCCUCGCACAUAAGUGUUGGGUCUCCACAUUUUCCACUUAGUUUUGUCGAAUUGGUUAUGUUCCUGCCGUUGUGCGAUCAUAUAGAAGUACAGAACAAUUGUAAAUAUUACCUAGCUUCUUCUGGGUGGUUCGUGUGUGAUCUCGGGGUGUGAUAGAAGGACCACCGUUUCAGUAUUUUAAUUGUUUGCAUCUCCAAAUUUAUGUUCACUCUUGUCUUGAUCCAUGAUUCUAUCUUAAGCAUGAAGCAUGAGUGGGUAAAUUCCCUGAUCUGGGAAUCAUAAUAA